AUGGACAAGUUGCGCUUGGCCCGCAAAUGGCUCAAAGGAAAGCUGCGAGGACGACUCGAAAAGGCUCCAAAAGAGAGCAAACUCGUCAUUGGACAUCCAACUGAUUUUCGACGCGAGAACAUCACCUUGGGAACAGACGUUGACGGAAACGCAGUACUCGUGGAACAGGCCCGGGAAGAUGCCCAAGCGAUGCACGUUGCCUCGAAGACACGGACCACAGACAACACAACAGGAUAG